AUGCUAAAAUAUCUGCUCCUAGUGUCGCUCAUCGGGCCGGUUGCUGCCCACUACGUGAACAUUACAGUGAACGGCACCGUUUUCUGUGGCACAGAUAACCCGGUCGAUCUGCCUGUCGAGUUGUGGGACGACGAUACAGUCUUUGACGACCUCCUGUUCACAACGCAGUCCAACCGCAGUGGCUACUUCGAAAUGAACGUCACCGAGUACGUCUACUUCUAUCUGAGGCCGUACAUCUACAUCCACCAUCGCUGCAAAGUCCACAUGUUCUCCGACGAGGACUGCCACAUCGAAACACAGAUAAUGCUGCUCGACUACGACGAAGAAGUGAAUACCCGGGUGACGCUGGGGGACCUCGACCUGAAGACCGAUCAGAGAGAUGGCAUCAAGCACGAGGUGGUCUGUGGCGGCUUGACCACGCCGUUCCAUUCGAGGAAGAGGAGGGAACCUAUGGCCUUUUCUGAC